AGGUCAUUUAUUUAGCUGAUGUGACCGAGCCGCCUUUUAAUUCACGUCAUGAGUUUAUCUAUGAAGACACUCGAGCUCUUUUGUCGGGAAACCUGAUAACAAUAGUUAAGGUUGAUUAAAGUCACUGUGGCUACAGUGCAUGUGUAAUGAUAAUGACUGCUCAAACAGAGGAUGUGGAUUAAAAGCUAACUGCAAUUACAAGUCAGCCUUUGGCAGCUGUCUGGAGUGGAGCAGCUGUUGCCAUUUCACCAAAUAAUCCACCAUGUCUUUACCAAAAGAGUCAGGAAACCGAGGGAAAGAUAGAGAGAGGGGGGCCUGUCCUAAGGUGAGACAGAGCCGGUCGGAGGAGAGACGAGAUGCAGGCGGUGAUCAGAAAGGUGGAAAAGGGAAGAAAAAAGGCCUUGCCUCCCAUGCACCAGUAGCUGAACGGCCUGUCAGUGAUGGUUGUGAGUAUGGUGAGCUGUUGAGUGAUUCCGAGACCAGGGACCAAUCUUCCUCUUCUCCUCUGAAGGAGAGCAGGAGAUGGCAGGGUAUGGAAGUCGCCACCUCAUUACUAGGACAGGAACGGGUAAUAACUAAGCGUGCACUGGGAACAGCCAGCUCAGUCAGCGAGUUACCUGCAACCAGUGAAGGGGAUGGCAGAGGGUCGAGCAGCAGUCGCACUCUCCGGCAAAAAAUCCAGGAUGCAAUGGGGCAAUGUUUCCCAAUAAAGACGCACAGUGCAGCAGCACCGGCGCCACCUCUACAGGCUUUUUCAUCAUCAACAGCCUGUGCCUCCUCAAGGCGCAAGAUCCAUCUCAGUGAGCUGAUGCUGGAUGACUGCCCUUUCCCUGUAGGGUCCGAGCUGGCUCAGAAGUGGUAUCUCAUUAAGCAACACACAGCCCCCAUUACCCAGCCUCCCAUGCUUGAUUCUGCAGUUGUGUGCAGUGCCCCGACUUCAGCUAUGGCUGCUGUGGUGGAAGAUGUAGAUGACAGGCUGCGAGAGCGCAGGCGCAUCAGCAUUGAGCAAGGUGUUGAGCCACCACCCAAUGCUGAGAUCCACACAUUUGAGGUGACGGCCCAAAUUAACCCUCUCUACAAACAUGGCCCUAAGCUGGCUCAUGGUAUGAAUGAGUUAGCUGGGGCUGACCGAGCCUCUGUUCAUCAGCAGCAGCUUCUUCUCCAAAGACAGCAGCAGCACCAGCUCCUACUACAGAGCUGUUUGGACACUCUGGAUGAGGUAGUGGCCUCGGCCUCUGUGCACACCUGUGAUAAUAUCUCCGACAGUCUUGACCCAGAUGUUGCAGCGACCAACAUGUCCUCUAGAAGCAUACCUCCUCAAACUGAGCAUUACAAAUCUUAUGAUGGCUACCGCAUUCACACUCAGAUUGAUUACAUUCACUGUUUGGUUCCUGACCUGCUGCAGAUCACCAACCUCCCAUGUUACUGGGGAGUCAUGGACCGCUAUGAGGCAGAGACACUGCUGGAGGGAAAGCCUGAAGGCACCUUCCUGUUGCGUGACUCUGCCCAGGAAGACUACCUCUUCUCUGUCAGUUUCCGCCGCUAUGGCCGUUCAUUGCAUGCUCGCAUUGAGCAGUGGAACCACAAUUUUAGCUUUGAUGUGCAUGACCCCAGUGUCUUCCAUGCUCCCACAGUUACAGGGUUGCUGGAACACUACAAGGACCCCAACUCUUGUAUGUUCUUCGAGCCUUUGCUGUCCAACCCCAUACACCGCACACAGCCCUUCAGCCUACAGCACAUCUGCCGAGCGGUCAUCAGCAGCUGCACCACCUAUGAUGGCAUUAACAUGCUUCCCAUUCCAAAUGCUUUGAAAAAACACCUGAAAGAAUACCACUAUAAGCAGAGAGUACGUGUACGGCGAAUGGACACUUGGUGGGAAUAAGGAACAAAACCAAAUUGACUACAGCAAACUACUAAAGACAUUUAUGCAAGUUUUCCCUAAAUUAACUGAGCAAUGAGUCAUAUUCUCCACAUUAUCGGGCUGUAUUAACCUAC